GACCACGCCCCCUCUGCCAUUGGUUUCCGGGUCGGUCGCUGUACGCGCGGCUCGCCGGCCGUAAAGUGAGGCCAGCGGGGAGCGCGUGAGGGGCAGCGCCCAGGAUGCUGGAGGAGCCACAGGGGGCAAGCGAGGAUGGAAGCCCCCCGGGGUCUGAGCAGGCAGCAGGCGAGGAUGGAAGCCCCCCGGGUGCCAGGCAGGCAGCAGGCAAAGACGAAAGCCUCCCGGGGACCGGGCAGGAGGCAGGCGAGGAUGGGAGCCCCCCACCUGGUGCCCCCAACCCCCCCCAGGGUAAGAAGAUUGUGCCAGGCAUCAUCUACCUAGGGCACAUUCCGCCUGGCUUCCGGCCCCGUCAUGCCCGAAACCUGCUCAGCGUCUACGGGGAGGUCGGGCGCAUCUUCAUGCAGCCCGAGGAGCGGUUCAUCCGAAAGCGGAAGAAGAAAGCUGGCGCCAGGGUCAAGAACUAUGCGGAGGGCUGGGUGGAGUUCAGGGACAAGCGCAUGGCGAAGCUCGUGGCUGCCAGUCUGCACAACACGCCCAUGAGCACUCGCCGGCGCAGCCGCUUCCACUAUGACCUGUGGAACAUGAAGGUACCAGCUCUGGGAGGGGAAUAG